AUGAUGAUGACGACGACGACAAACAAUAUAAAUAUAUUAAUAAAUAAAAGACGUCCUCUUCUCUCUUCUCUCCUUGUAAUGCUUACAAAUUGUAUGGCUGUCUCUUCUUCUUCUUCCUCUACCUCUAUUUUAAAUGUAUUUAAUAAUCAACAACAACACAUCUACUCAUUCGGAUGUGGAAAAGGAGGAAAACUAGGUAACAGUGCAAAUGAUGGAUAUGAAGCAUACCCUUUUAAAAUUGAUGAUUUAGGUGAUUACAAUAAUAAUAAUAAUAAUAAUAAUAAUAAUAAUAAUAAUAAUAAUAAUAGUAGUGAUGAUACAUCUAAUAGAGUGAAUGAUAUUAAAUCAUUACAUUGUGGUCACUACCACAGUAUGAUUAUUAAUAAUAAAGGAGAAUUAUAUACAUGGGGAUGGAGUUCAUUUGCAGGAGGAGAGAAAGAGAAUAAAGAAACAAAUUAUAAUGAAUGGAGUCCAAGACUAGUCGAUGAAUAUGUAUUGGAUAAUGACAGUAUCUUGCAAUCAAGAGAUGUGGUCAAAGUAGCUGCCGGUUGGGGACACUCACUGGCAUUGGACAGUGAGGGUAGUAUCUGGGGUUGGGGAUGGAAUGCUGAAGGACAGUUAUUUGUCGAUCCAACAAGACACCCAGUUUUACAUCGUCCAACCAAAGUGUUUUCAUCAACGUCUUCAUCAUCGUUGGUGGUACGAGACAUUAUAUGUGGGUCGGAUUACUCGGCAUUCAUUACUGACAAGGGACAUGUAUAUAUGGUAGGUAGUGGAGAACAUGGACAAUUGGGAAGAGGCAAUACAGAAGCAAGUGCAUAUCCACAGAUAGUCCAAGGAUUACAAGGACAAAGGAUUGACAAGGUUGCAUGUGGAUUUGGACAUAGUCUAUUGCUAGAUGAGCAACAAGGUCAGUUGUUUAGUCUAGGGUGGAAUGGAAACGGUCAGUUGGGUGUUGGGGACACAUUGAAUCGAUUGGUAGCCACACCAGUCUCUAUGCCCGACCGAGUAGUAUUGAUAGGUGCAGGAAGAGCUCAUUCAGCGGCAGUCCUAGCCAACGGACAGUUCUAUACUUGGGGGUGUGCUCGAAAAGGUAAACUUGGAUCAGGUAACAUCAAUGGAAUGGAAACCAUCCCAACACAAAUAACAGAAUACGAUGAUACUGAUGAUUGGCCAUCUAAACGUCCAAUCGAUCUAUCAUGUGGAUUUGAUCAUACCCUUGUUAAAGUUGUAGACCAAUAA